AUCCCUAUGCACAAGGUUUUUUAAAUAUGUUUUUAUGGAAACAAAUAUGAUUUAAAAAAAUUAGGAAAACAGUACAUCUAAAAGCUAUACACCAGCCUGAAUCCCACAACCAAUCUGGAGUUUGAACAAUAAUGAUCUAUUCAAAAUAAUAAUAAAAAAAUGACACAGGAUAAUAAUAUAAUUGAUUUACAAUGUGCUAUUGUAAUGAGUCAUGAGAUCUCAUUAUGUAAAUUAAUCAUGAAGUGUUCCAUCAGGGGACACCCUAGUAAUGUCCAAGUGUGCAGUGUAUGCUGUGAGGUUUUAUCUUAUGAGUGAGGUUAGACACUGGCCUUCAAUACAUUACAUUUAGCGGACACUUUUAUCCAAAGCGACUUACAAAUAAUGAUGUACAUUAGCAAUAGAGGACAUAGAGGUUCAGGACAAAAAAAAUUGACAGGGCCUAAAGGAGGCCAAAGGGUAAAAAGUGGAAUAGAGGAGGAAAGGAGGAGCAAGAAAUGAGUUUAGAAGUAGUUUGUUAGAGGUGUUAGGAUAGUUAGUGCUCUUUGAAGAGCUCUGUCAUGCUCAUGGCAAGGCGUCAUGAGUUGUCAAAGUGUGAGUGAGGCCUGAUAGUGGGUGCCAGAUGGAUGGGACAUUCCAUUUCCAUAGUUUAAUAUUCCUCAAGACAAGUGUCCUGUUCACUGUGUAAACAUUAUACAAGACAUUACCAUUACCACCCCCAGUGGACAGUGCAGUAGUAGUGGGUGGUAAAGACUGUGACGGGAAGUUUCUGGCUAGAAUUGUCCGUGUGAACAACAGACAAGCGACUCUGGCAGAAAUCACAUCCACAUUUUGUGCAGGAGACCCAACAUAUCCCAGCAUCCCUUGACAUGUGGGAUAUCAGUAUAUGAUUGCAUAAUAGUAUUUUGUACAUAUCUUGCAGUCCUAACUAACACGAUUACAGUCGAUUGAUUUAGCUAACCAGACUAUCUGAACUUUACUCUUCUUAAAUAUAUGGAGAAAAGUAUACAAUGUAAUCUCAAACCCAACUAAUCCAAAUCUAGGUUUUUGUUCCAAGUUGUGAAGAUACCUUCCAGUGCACCUGGCUGACCAGUAUUUUUGGGUGAUGUGGUGUCAUCAAUAGGCUAUUUACAAAAAUAUAUAAUUUGCAAAUGAGGGAAGUCUGUGGUCAGCAAUUGACGUCUAUAAACCUAAACAGCGCCUCUUUUGUGUUCUCACCCCCACUGCUCUUUAAAUAAGCUUUCUGUUCCAGGUCUGCUGCUUCUUUUACAUGAUGUCGACCAAAUGCAAAUGUUGAACUGAUAAGUACAGUAUUUCCUGGCGAUGUUGGUUCUGGGAAUCAUACUCAACAGAAACAUACAAACAGACUGAACACAGAAUACUAUCAGCGGUUCAUAGCUUUGCUUUAAAUUAAAGUGGUUUCAUUUGUGCUCUUUAUUCAACAAGUAGGGACAAUACUUGGGACAGUUCACAAGAUGGUUCUGCUGGGGCCACUGCUUUUGGCAGUGGUCUCUGUAAUCUGGGCUGAGGAGGAUUACUUUAUUCCUGAAAACCUCAAUCACACAUGGGACAACGCCAGGAACUAUUGCCAGAUCUGCUACAAAGACCUGACAACGAUGACCCCAGGAAAUGCCCAUAUCAUUAUUCAGAAAGUCAUCGCUCUGAAUCUCACCUCUGGCUACUGGAUUGGGCUUCGUGAAAACUUCAGCGGACCCAUUCCAUUUUCUCAGUGGUCUAAUGGUGCCCCAGUUAUCUACCAGAACUGGUAUCCUGGUCGCCCUAUCCUAAAGAAACCAGAAGUGUUUGUGCCAACAUCUCCACCCCCAACUACUAGUACUGAUGGUACUACUACUUCCUAUGAUAGUACUACCACUGCUGGCACUACUACUCAUUCUACAACUGCUGGCACUACUACUCAUUCUACUACUGCUGGCACUACUAGUACUUCUGGUACUACUCAUACUUCAAGCACACCCAUUGACGAGCAAAUACUUUGUCCAACUUUGGAGAAACUCAUUGCUUGUUUUAAUGGUACAGAUUUUGUUGUCACUCCCAUCACAGAUGAUUACUUUAGCACUAGUAAAUCGAGCACACUUAUUAUCACCAGUAGUCCUACUGUGAGCAGCACGUCCCCAAGUACAAUACGCAGCACAUCUUCCAGUACGAUACGCAGCACAUCCUCCAGUACGAUGCUCAGCACAUCCUCCACCACCUAUACAACUACCACAGCCCUUAUCACCAGUCCAUCUACCAGUCUCAUGACAUCUACCAGUUACUCUACUCCCAUUCCAGAAACAGAUUAUGACUAUAUCACGGACUCUUGUGUGGCCUUGCUCAGCUUCGGCAUGUGGCGGGAAAAGCACUGCUAUGAAAGCCUGACCUUCAUCUGUUAUGAUGAACGAUUUACUGGGACGGUGAAAAUAUCCAAUGUGACGCAUGGUGGAAGUGUUGUGACCUGGGACAAGGCACCAGGGGACAAUGUGGAUCACUACAGAGUGGAGCUACAUGGGUCCAGCAUCAAUACCACAGCGGUCAAUGCCACAGCGGUCAAUACCACAAAGGACAAUACCACAGCUUUCAAUACCAAAGUUUUGACCAUAGAGUUCCAAAACUUGGAGGCAGGAAAACUCUACACAGUCGAAGUAUUCCCUGUGAAGUGCAGCCGUUAUCUCAACUCUCUAAAUACCAAGUUCUACACCUGUGAGUAA